AUGAUUCAAGCUAUUAAGAAAGCACCGGAAGGUUACAAGCCACCUUCAUAUGAAAAAGUUAGAACUUCGUUGCUUGAUCAAUGUGUGAGAGAUGUGGGCAAAGAACUUGAUCCAGUCAAAGACACGUGGUUAACGCAAGGAGUAUCCGUUAUCUCGGAUGGUUGGUCUAAUAUAAAAAAUGAACCGCUUAUAAAUGUUAUUGCACAAAAUUCACGUGGUGCAACUUUUAUGUAUGCGGAGGCCUUUUCGGGGAUUGAGAAGACGGGGGUGGAGAUUGCUAAGUUUCUUCGACAAGCUAUUGAGGAGAUUGGUCCAAGUAGUGUUAUUCAAGUUGUAACCGAUAACGCGGCGAAUUGCAAGGCGGUUGGACGAGAAGUAGAAAAGGUAUACAAACAUAUUUUCUGGUCCCCUUGUUGUGUACAUUCAUUAAAUUUGAUUUUUAAAGACAUGGCGAAGCAAUUUGACUGGCUGACCGAUACAUAUAAUAGAGGAAAGGGUAUUGUCACGUUUUUUUUAAACCACACACACGCGUUAGCUUUCUUUAGAGACAACUCGAAUUUGCAAUUGUUGAAGGUUGCACAAACACGAUUUGCAUCACAUUACAUAUUGUUGAAAAGACUAACCGAGUGUAGGGAAGCACUUGCUACUACUAUUGUCGUAAAGUCGUGGCGGGAAUGGGUCAACAAGGCGGAUGAGCACACUCGGCUACUUGCUAAUAAAGUGGCGGAUACAAUUAAAGAUGAAGAUUUUUGGGAUGAUAUUGUUCACAUUUUGGCCGUCACAAAACCUAUCUUUUACAUGGUAAAGUUUUGUGAUGAUGAAGGUCCGAAAAUGGCAGAAAUAUAUGAACGGAUGGACAAUAUGAUGGGUCAAAUCAAAGAGGCUAUGACUAUGAGGGACAAUAAAUUCUCAAUGUAUUACAAUAAAGUUGAAGAAAUUGUGCUCGAAAGGUGGGACAAGAUGACUAUCCCCCUCCAUUGUUUAGGAUUUGCUUUAAAUCCUAAAUAUUAUGACAAGCAUUACCUUGCAAAGUUGGCACCAGGAGGCAUGAAAAGAAAUCCUCCCAACGAAGACAGAGAAGUAAUUGUUGGUGUUUUGAAAGCAUUUGAAAAAAUUUCGGAGAGUGAAGAAGAAGAGAAACAGUUGAGAGAGCAAUUUGCAACCUUUCACAUGAAGAAAGGAAUUUAUUCAUUGGCCGGGACACAAGCCGAUGCGGUGACUAUGGAUGCGAUUGACUGGUGGGCAACAUAUGGAGCGGAGACUCCGGAUUUGGCGGACGUGGCAAAACGAAUCCUCUCGCAACCGAUUAGUAGCUCUUCAGCUGAGAGGAAUUGGAGUACAUACUCUCAUAUACAGAGCAUCAAAAGGAAUCGUUUAAAUGGCCCAAGAGCGGAUAAACUUGUGUAUAUUCACUCUAAUAUUAGACUUUUGUCCCGAUUUUCAGAAUCUUACAAAGUCGGACCCAACAAAAAAUGGGACAUCAAUCCGGAAAGUGAUCACAUUGAAUGUUCAAGUGCUCGUCUAGAAGAAAUGGUGUGGGAGAACCUUGAUGAUGAAGGCGUGGAGAAUGAAAGAGGAAAAAGGCAGCGGAUAAACUAG